CAGUAGUAAACAGCAGUAAAUACAUAGGUACUCCAAGUGCAAAUACAAAAUAUUGUCAAGAUGUCGAGAUGUGCGCGACGUUGAUAGAGACGUGGGGAAACGUUAACGAAAACUACUCGUUCAACGAUGCAGCGACAACCGAGACGAUAGUGGAACGACUCGGGGAUUAUACGGGUAUCGAUUCAAAUAAAAUAUAAUGCGAUGCUAUGGAGCUUGAUCUCUGACAAUCUUCAAGAAUGCCAUGAAAAAUUUAACGACGCGAUCUCUUGUCAUUUAACGAUAAUAAAGCCGAUAUCUCCGAGUUAUCUGUCUAUCGUCGCAGUGUGAACUGAUAACAUCAUCGGCUAUGAUUGGAAGUGAUUGACGUUGAUGACCACUUCUUCAACACGUGCUGGCGAGGAAUAUGUUAAGAGUACACGUGUCUAUUGACAGAGUAUUUCUUGUAAAAAAAUAGUCGACUUGUGAUAUUCAUUUUUGCACAAAAUCUAGAUAACGUACGUAAAUCUAUCUCAAUAUACGAUAGUCCAAUGAUAUAUAUAAUACCAAUCCCGAAGAUUACAAAGCGUAACGAGAAGAGCAAACGCUUAUUUUAUGCAUGACCACUUUAAAAAAACUUAUAUAUACUGAUCUUUCUAACAAUGUGUCUUAAUGCAGGAGUAAAUUAUGAAUAUGUGCCACAUCUGUAAAGAUUUUCUAUGAUCGUUUGGUGUGACUAAUUCUAACAGCUUAACAAAUAACAACAAAGCCUCCUAUAAUAAGAUGCACGAGAAUAAUGGUACAAAUGAUAUGAGAGAGUUCAAUGCAACGGAUGUUACUGACUCUAUUUUGUACACUAUACUGGUGAACGAUCUCGGGACAGUCUCAACAGGCAUGGCAAGUACAAUCUACAACGAGAAUACGUCCACAACAACGUAUAUAGAACUGACGCAGGAAAAUGAGGGUAAUCAACAGUUAUGGAAUCUAUCUAAAACCGCUGUAACUACACUAUCCGGAUCUACAGCGAUACCAUUUAAUACUUCGAAAAGUACCACAAUAUACACUUCAACAACAGAAUCCUUCGAUGAAUUUGGUCCACCAGAAGGAGUAGAAUAUAUUUUUGUGCCACUUGGUGUGGUCGUCUCUGUUAUUAUACUAUCAGCUGUGGUACUAAUUAUAUCGAGGAAGCGCAAGUUGGAGCGUUUAAGGCAUAGACUCAUGCCAAUGUACAACUUUGAUCCUGGAGAAGAGGAAGAGGAUGACUGGGAGACUGAACUGUUGGACGAAUGCUACAAUACACAUCAGAGACGAGUGUAUUGUAUCAUCUCCAAUAAGAUAAACUAUGAAAAAAGUAGAGGAAUUCUGAAUCAUCUGCCUAUAUAUAUGUAUAUUGUGUGGUUUAUGUGAAAAAAAUAGUACAUUAUUUAAUAUUUUCCAAUAAGAUACUGAAAAAUAUGUCCUUUAUUCGCAGAUAAUUCUUCAACUUGCAAAACUAGUGCCAUACAUUGAUAAAAAAAAUAAAUGAAAAAUAUAGUAGCAAAUAUAUUGUGCAACUGUAUUACACACACACACACACACACACAUAUAUACGUACAUAUAAAUAUACGACAUAAAUAUAUGUAAAAUGUGAGUGUAUCUUUAAAGAUAC